CCUGGGCUGGAACGAGCGGGGAACGCGCCCGGGAGCGCGCCGGGAGCCGCGCGGAGCCGCCGCCGCCCCCCCGCCGCCCGCGCGCAACAGUUCCCUCGAAGUUACGGCCCUCGGAGGGGCGCCGGCGGUCUGGCGGGAACGAGGCGUGCGGGGCCGGCGGCGGCAUGGGCACCCGGCAGACCAAGGGCAGCCUGGCCGAGAGAGCCGGCGCCGCGGCCGGCCCCCGCCGAGAGCGGCCCGACUUCUGGGCGUCGCUGCUGCUGCGCGCCGGGGACAAGCCGCUGCCCCCCUAUCAGCGGCGCGUCGGCAUGGUCCAGGAGCUGCUGCGGAUGGUGCGCCAGGGCCGGCGGGAGGAGGCGGGCACGCUGCUGCAGCACCUGCGCCAGGACUUGGGCAUGGAGUCAACCUCUCUGGACGAUGUUCUGUACCGCUAUGCCAGCUUCCGGAACCUAGUGGACCCCAUCACGCACGAUCUCAUCAUCAGCCUGGCCCGCUACAUCCACUGCCCCAAGCCGGAAGGCGACGCGCUCGGGGCCAUGGAGAAGCUGUGCCGGCAGCUGACUUACCACCUCAGCCCCCACUCCCAGUGGAGGCGGCACCGGGGGCUUAAGAGGAAGCCACAGGCCUGUCUCAAGUCUGUCCUGGCUGGGAGCCCUCCAGACAACACAGUGGACCUCUCUGGAAUCCCACUGACCUCCCGUGACCUGGAGCGAGUUACCAGCUACCUGCAGCGCUGCGGGGAACAGGUGGACAGUGUAGAACUGGGCUUCACAGGCCUCACGGAUGAUAUGGUUCUGCAGCUGCUGCCAGCACUCAGCACACUGCCCCGCCUCACUACACUGGCCCUUAAUGGCAAUCGGCUGACCCGGGCCUUGCUGCGAGACCUCACAGAUACCCUCAAGGACCCAGAAAAGUUCCCCAAUGUUACCUGGAUCGAUCUAGGCAACAAUGUGGACAUCUUCUCAUUGCCCCAGCCCUUCCUACUCAGUCUACGGAAGCGUUCUCCAAAGCAGGGCCAACUACCCACCAUCCUGGAGCUGGGUGAAGGCCCAGAUGGCAGCUUAGUGGGCCAGGAUGACUGUGGAGGAUGCCCUCUGGGCACUACCAACCACAAAGGCCGGGAGACUGAAAGUGCAGCUCAGACUUAAAGGGAGGCGGGAUCCCCAAGGAGUCCUUCUGGAAUAGAAUGGCUAACACAGGGUCGGGGCCUCCAACCUGGGUGGCUCAAGCACAACCAGCAUCACAGCAUCUGGGCAAAGGGCGCUGUGUGAAAUUAACCUACAUGCCCUAGUUAAUUCCAUAGCCUCUUGACUAAAUAUGAAAUUCUGGAAGUUUCAGCUAAUGUGAAGUUGCGGCCCCCACCCCCUCUCCCAAAUCUCCUAUUCUGAAUCAUCCAUCUUUAUUGAGGGCACCAACACCAAGGUUCUUUACCCCUUCCCCGUGGACGCCAACCAACCCACCCCAGUUCUGUGGUUUUAACUAUCAUUGAAUUUAUUGUCACCACAAAGAAACCCCUAUCCUUUGUUUAGGCCAGUGAGCCCCUUUCCAGUAAAUUCCCAUUAAUUUCAUGUUAAGUACUAUUAAAGUACUGGGCAAAUUCUAGGUAUCUCAGCCCAGGUACAUGUUCCAGGAGUAUGAGGCCCUGAGCAAACCAUUGAACCCUGCCAUCUUUCCUCCAAUAAACAAUCCUUUGUAUUUUGAGAUAUUCCCAAUACACCCAAACCUGGGACAUUUAGAUGCCACUUUCAGUCUAGAAUUAGCAAGCCAAUCAAGGGAAAUCAAUGGUUUAAGAACCCAAAGUUGACAUGUUAGGAAAGCAGAGCCAACUCAGAUGAGCUGACAGGAGGCCUGGGUGAGAGGUUCCCUGACUAGACAUAAGAUCUGAGGCAGAAACAUGCAAAGCCACGUGGGUGCCUUAAACGCUUCGAAACUUUUGCUCAUGUUGCUGAGGGAAGAACCCUUUAGGUUUACCAUAGAGCAAAGUGAGGACAAAAGCUAGUACUUGGACUGCUAACCAAUAAUAGUAAUCAAAUGUAAC